UUUCCGAGCCGGGAAUUCAAAAAUCACAACUCAGAAGGCAAAGGAAAGGUUAGGAGAACAUUGAGCUUGGAAGAAAUCAUCAGAAUACAACUCUUCCUAAUUGAGAAGGACGAAGGAGAGGCAUUCUUCUUCAUCUUUCUGGGGAUUCAGUACCGGAGUAAACAGCUGCUAGGAAGAUGGUGAGGCUCACCGCCGACUUGAUUUGGAAGAGCCCUCAUUUCUUCAACGCCAUCAAGGAGCGUGAAUUGGAUCUUCGAGGUAACAAGAUCCCUGUCAUUGAGAAUUUGGGUGCUACCGAGGACCAAUUUGAUACAGUUGACUUGUCUGAUAAUGAGAUUGUCAAGCUGGAAAACCUGCCAUUUCUUAAUCGCUUGGGCACUUUGCUUCUGAAUAACAACAGGAUUACUCGUAUUAGCGCUAGAAUCGGAGAGUUCUUGCCGAAACUGCAUUCAUUAGUUCUGACAAACAACAGACUUGUUAAUUUGGUGGAGAUUGAUCCUCUCUCCUCUCUUCCAAAACUGCAGUUCCUCAGUCUUCUAGACAACAACAUCACAAAGCGGCCCAAUUAUAGGCUGUAUGUAAUCUUCAAGCUAAAAUCCCUUCGCGUUCUUGAUUUCAAGAAAGUGAAAGCGAAGGAGAGGGCAGAGGCAGAGAGCUUGUUUGCGUCGAAGGAAGUGGAAGAGGAAGCUAAAAAAGAAGUGGUUAAGCCUUUCACCCCUGCUGAUGCUCCUAUUGAUGUGGAUGUUGCAGGGGAACAACAGAGUGGCAAGGUGGUAGGACCCACACCGGAACAAAUCAUAGCUAUUAAGGCUGCCAUUGUGAAUUCGCAAACUCUUGAAGAGGUUGCCAGACUAGAGCAGGCACUGAGUACAGGGCAGCUUCCAGCGGAUUUGAAACUUUUCGAUGAAGUGCCCCAGUCAGGAGAAAAAGCAGAAGCAAUGGCCACCGAUGAGAUCCCUACUGGACCUUCAGAUAUGGAACAUGAAUAGGUUGGUUAUUGGGCAGCUGAUCUAUGGUCGUUUUUAGCUACAAGGGUUUUACAUUACAAAACUUUAUUCAGCUCAGGAGAUCAUGUAACGAAUCCUAGUGUUCGAGUGUUGUUGAGAAAAGGCCUUUCUUCCUUCUCUUCAGUAUGGAGAAACUGACCCUCAUUUGUACAAAUUCUUUGUCUGUGGGGCUAUGUAUCACCAUGAAGAUUGACUUUCAGAAUCUAGCAAAUGAAACUUUGUUCCGACUUUUGAAGUUUGUAUAUUUGUCUGAUCUGUUGAGACUGUUC